AAAAUACUUUAGACGCUUCCAAGCGACGACUAAGUCAAUUAAAAAAUGUGUUGGAGAUUUUGUGUCGUUCUACUGCUGUUGCUGCAGGAAGUAAUUUGUAUUAGUUCUGCUGUUGUCACAAAAAGUAAUGAGAAUCGUACAAUCCUUGUGUGUAGUGAGUACAGUGAUGAAAUAUUAGUUAAUGAGGAACAAAUUCAGAGCGAAAAAUGUACAUUUUCCUAUGUCGAUUUUGAUGAGCCUAAUGAUGUUCAAAUAGCAUCUAUGGUAGUUAAGAAUGUUGACUAUGAUGAUAGCGUUAAUGAGAUCGAUGCAUCAAGUCACAUUACGACAGUUCAUUUUGUGAAUUCUCGUUUAUCGAACAUACCAUGUCAGAUCUUUAAAAAGUUUACAAAUAUGAAAUCAUUAAACUGUGAUGGUGUAAAUUUGAAAUCACUGUCAAGAGAUGACAUGAAGGGUGCCUCAAAUCUAAAAGAGUUUUCAUGUAAUUCGAACUAUGUAGUUUCACUCGAUUCGAAACUUUUUGAAAACAGCAUCGAAUUGGAAAGUAUUGAUAUUUCAAUCAACGAUAUUGAACGUAUUGAUGCAACCUCAUUCAAUGGAUUGAGUCAGUUGAAGAAACUUCUACUCUAUGACAAUAAAUUGAGUUCACUAUCAGAGGAUUUAUUCAAGGAUUUGAUUAAACUAGAAGAAAUAAAUUUAAGUAACAAUCAAAUUGAAAUAAUUGAAGGGAAGCUCUUUUCAAGUUGUAAGCUAUUGAAAUAUAUUUAUCUCAAUGAUAAUCUCAUCCAGAAAUUAGACGAGUCAGCUUUUGUCGAUAUUGAGAAUAUUGUAUUUCUUGAGAUAUCAAAUAAUAACCUUACAUCACUCAAAUUGAAUUUAUCAGCAAGUGGAUUGUAUGCAAAUAAUAAUCAAUUAAAGUCUAUUGAGCUUGGAAGUAUUGGAUAUUUGUCAUUUUAUAAUAAUUCUAUAUCCAAUGUAACAUUCACAAUGGAAAAUCAUGUCUUGAGUGUGAACAUGUCAACGAAUAAUGUGAAUAAAGACUCAUUGAAAGCUAUAACUAGAUGUGGUGCAUUAAAGUCACUCGACUUAUCCUUCAAUAAUCUCGGACAGUUAAAUGUAAGCACAUUUCUUGAGCUAAACGAUCUGCAAAUACUCAAUCUGCAAUCAACAAAUUUAUCUCGUAUCGAUUAUGGUUUAUUUCAACAUCAAACAAAAUUAGAGCAGAUGGAUAUAAGCUAUAAUCAAUUGGGCACGUCUGAAGUUUUUGAUUUGAACAAAUUUGCUUCCUUGAAAUUACUAACUACUCUUUUUAUGGAAGGCAAUAAUAUUACAGAGUUCGAGUAUGAUGAUAUUAAGAAAGUAUUCCCAAAGCUACAAACGAUUGGCUAUACCGAUAACCCAUGGAAGUGCUCAUAUUUAACAUUAAUGAAUCAAUUUAUGGAGCAUAAUGGAAUUGAAAUUUAUCAACUGGUAACAGUAAAGACAAGGUCAAAUGUCGGUGGCAUAGCAUGUGAUGGUGAUGACAAGAGAGUCAAUUCCAGAAUGAAUUAUGAAGAUAGAUUGCGUUCAACUAAUUCCAUUAGACACAAACUCAAUGCGAGCGAUAAUGAAUUGUCUGUAAUUUCCAAAAGGUUUGAGGAAUUCAUGUUGAAUUUUAGCAGCAGCAGCCACAACAAAAGAAAUGAUGAUUAUGUUAGCAAGAUGGAUUUAAUUAAUGAAUUAAGUAUGAUAAAAAGCAGCAUAGCAACGCUACAAGAAAGCUUUGUGAGUAUUUCAAAGCGCCUUGACAAAUUGCAAACACACGAUGGAGUAAUUGAGGCUAUUAAAACCAUUCAAAAUUCAUCAUAUGAUAUGAAAAUGAUGAAAGCAAGACUUGAUGGUGUCGACAAAGUACUCGGAAUGUUGAACAACGCAAGCACAAAAGUGAUGCUUCAACAACAAACCCUGAAAAAGCAACAUCAACCAGGAGCAUAUGAUAUAUCCACAACCAAUACAAACGAUGAUUUUCUUGUCAAAGCCAUGAUAUCUAUAAUAUUUGUUAUUGUUUGUGGCUUUGUUUUAAUCUACAUUAUUAAAUUGUUCGCUCGAAGACAUCAUCAUCAUCACAGAGAUUUGAGGACAUAUACAGAUGGGGAUACCAUAGAUGAAAAUAUUAUAUUAUAGAUUUUUCCCCAUCCUCUUUAUUAUGUUAGGGAUUUUCAAUGUUAGUAUAUUUUCGGCAUCUCUCUUGUUGUUGUUUAAAGGCAUAAGGGUAUGGAAGAUAUUUCGGACCUUAAUUUUAAUUUCUUUGCGGUUGACCUUCAAAUUUAUUUUAAUCUAGAAUCGUUCAGUUAUAAACAGCAGCACAGCCAAAAAAUUUGGAUGGUUCGAUGGCUGUAGAAGCCUGCUUAUGAAUGAUUCCAUAUGAGAAUGACCGAUUCAUGUAUCAAGGUCUGAAAAAUUAAGUUCAAUGAAACUUUGAUAGAAAAUAUCGCAAAAACGACGGAUUUCCCAUCACUGAGAUAUAUUUAACAUUGAAAGCCCUAUCUGUCUCUCUACUGCCCCAGUUAUUCUCUACAAUCAUUGUUAUCUUUUCCUUUUUUUAAUAAUAAAACAUGAACUAUACUCAUAUAUGUUUUAUGAUGUUAUUUGUUUCCAUGUUUCUCAACCAAACGACGACAGAGAUGUAUACAAUUUGAUGUCAUAUAUUCAUAUGAAUACAGAAUAAUAUGUACUAAAAACAUGACAAUGAUGAAAAUGAUGAGCUGAGUAAAAUAAAAUAAAAUGUGCAAUUAUAUUAGAAUGAGGAAAAACAAUACAGCCAGUUUUGAUGUAUGUAGGUGAAAGAUACAAUGGUAAAAUAAAAGAUGAAAGGCUGAUUAAUGAAUUAUUUAUUUAUUUUGUGGAUAUACCGUUUAUCUCCAUAGAGAAAUUGGCAAGCACAAUGCAAGAUUUG